AUGGCGUCUCAGAUCCACUUCCUAGACAUCAAGGGAAAGCCCUUGCUCUCCAGGGACUACAAGGGCGACAUUCCCUCCAACACCAUCGACAAAUUCCCCCUCCUCUUGCUCGAAUUGGAGAACAGCCACGAAGAUGGCGACUACAAACCGUUCAUCAACAGCCAGGGAAUCAACUACAUCUACAUCAACCACAACAACUUGUACUUAUGUGCUUUGUCGAGAAAGAACGAAAACAUCAUGGCCAUCAUCAUCUUCUUGUCGAAGCUCAUCGAGGUUCUCACCCAGUACUUCAAGAGCUUGGAGGAAGAGUCCAUUAGGGACAAUUUCGUUGUGAUCUACGAAUUGCUCGAUGAAAUGAUGGACUUCGGAGUUCCCCAGACCACAGACACCAAGAUCUUGAAGGAGUACAUCACGCAGGACUACUAUAAGUUGGUCAAGAAGUCGGCCGACCACUUGGUCCAGCCUCCUCAGGCCGUAACCAACGCAGUGUCGUGGAGAAAAGAUGGCAUCCAUUACAAGAAAAACGAAGCGUUCUUGGAUGUGGUCGAGUCCAUUAAUAUGUUGAUCAAUGCCAGCGGACAAGUGCUCAACUCGGAGAUUUUGGGUGAAGUCAAGGUCAAGUCCCAUCUUAGUGGUAUGCCAGACCUCAGGUUGGGUUUAAACGAUAAAGGGAUUUUCACCUCACCAAAUGCAGACGAAGAGGCAGGGUCCAGUAGCGCAGGACAGACUAAUAACAAGGGAAUCGAAAUGGAAGACAUCAAGUUUCAUCAGUGUGUCAGGUUAUCAAAGUUCGAAAACGAAAGAAUCAUCACCUUCAUUCCUCCCGACGGUGAAUUUACAGUCAUGUCUUAUCGUUUAUCGGCGGCACAGUUCUUAAUGAAACCACUCAUUUUGGUCCAAUGCAAAACCAAAGUGCACAAACACUCACGUAUCGAAAUUCUCUGUUCGGUAAAAGCUCAAAUCAAAAAGAAAUCGACCGCUAAUAACGUUGAAGUCAUCAUUCCUAUCCCUGAGGAUGCCGAUACUCCAAAGUUUACCCCAGAAUAUGGUACUGUUAAGUGGAUUCCUGAAAAGUCCCAUAUCGUUUGGAAGCUCAAAACAUUCCCAGGUGGUAAGCAAUUCCAUAUGAGAGCCGAAUUGGGACUUCCUGCUGUGACAGACCCCGAGGAAAUUUUGUCAUCCAAUAAAAAGCCAAUUAAGGUGAACUUUUCAAUUCCAUAUUUCACCACCAGUGGAAUCCAAGUCAGAUAUUUGAGAAUUAACGAACCAAAAUUACAGUAUCAAUCGUACCCUUGGGUGCGUUACAUCACCCAGAGUGGUGAUGACUACACAGUUAGAACUAAAUAGCAUACCCCUAAUACCAU